GCGUGUCUUUUGACAGCAAAAUAAAAACAUGUUUUGUUGUGACAAAAUUCAGUACGGUGCGCGGUUUUCUGGACGAUAGAAUCGCAUUAUUCCUGUAGCUUAAAUGGCUCUAGCGAGGACUGCAUUCAGGUUCAUUUGUAGACGAUGCGUACUACAGGUGGCGAAGAGUUCCGUGCCUGCAAAAGCUAUCUCACAAAUCUCCAGCAUAGGAUGUAACUCUAUUUUUCGCUCAUCGUUCUGUACAACUGUUCCAGUAGCUGAUAGUGCACAACAUAAUCCGACAGAUGAAAUAGGCCGGAUACAGGCGCGCAAGAUGAGCCUUAUAUUUACAUGCAAGGUGUGUAACCACCGGAACAUGAAAAUGAUUUCCAAGCAAGCAUAUGAAAAAGGGGUCGUAAUAGUGACGUGUGAUGGUUGCAGCAACCACCAUCUGAUAGCGGACAAUCUAAACUGGUUUACCGACUUGAACGGAAAGCGAAACAUUGAAGAGAUACUGGCAGAGAAGGGAGAAAAAAUAACGAAAAUUUUCGAAAAGUAGCUAAUAUACGUCGAAAACAGCCACUUCAAUUAUGUUUAAAUUUACCAGUUUAGUAAAGUCUCUCUGACGUCAUAAAAUCA